AAGAGGCUAGUUGUUAAUUAUUAUGGUCAUUAAUAAACUCCUGAAUCAGCCUCUUUCUGGUGACCAAAGGUCUUACUGACCAGCCAGACUGAACAUUCUUUGCUCUUCUUCACCCUCGUGGUUUAUAAGAAGUUGAGCCUUCAAUGAUUAGUAGCAGCAUUCUGCUUUGCUCCAAGUCUUAUACUGAAUACUUGGUUUGACAAUAUUUAGGGCUGUUGGUAUCUUGUUAGUAUGGAGAAUCCCAUUUUUGUUGGAGCGAAGAAUCCCUCAUCUGAGACAGCUCCGCAGAAGGUGACCGUUAACAACAUUUCCGACAUCGCUGUUAUCAUCUGCUACUUCAUUCUGGUCAUUGGAGUGGGCAUCUGGUCCAUGUUCAGGACCAACAGAGGCACUGUGGGGGGAUACUUCCUGGCUGGACAGACCAUGACAUGGUGGCCGGUUGGCGCAUCAUUGUUUGCCAGUAAUAUUGGCAGUGGACACUUUGUCGGCCUUGCUGGCACUGGAGCGGCACGCGGAAUUGCUGUGGGGGGUUUUGAGUGGAAUGCCUUGUUCAUCGUGCUCCUGCUGGGCUGGCUGUUUGUCCCAGUUUACCUCACGGCGGGGGUGAUCACAAUGCCUCAGUACCUGAAGAAGAGGUUCGGGGGCACCAGGAUCAGCCUGUACCUGUCUGUCAUAUCGCUCUUCCUCUACAUCUUCACCAAGAUCUCUGUGGACAUGUUUUCUGGGGCCGUGUUUAUCCAGCAGGCCCUAGGCUGGAACAUCUAUGUGGCUGUUAUUGCACUCCUCUCCAUAACAGCUCUGUACACAGUCACCGGGGGCCUAGCUGCUCUGAUGUACACAGACACGGUCCAGACGUUCGUAAUAAUCGCCGGUGCCUUCGUCCUUACUGGUUUUGCCUUCUUCGAGGUGGGGGGCUACAGUGCUCUGCUGGAGAAGUACAGGUCAGCAAUUCCCUCUAACUCCCAGUCUGACCGCUACAACAUCUCGCCUGAGUGCUACACCCCCCGAGACGACGCCUUCCAACUACUCAGAGACCCUGUGACUGGGGACCUUCCCUGGCCGGGAGUCCUCUUCGGAAUCGCCAUCAUUGGCGCCUGGUACUGGUGUUCCGACCAGGUGAUCGUUCAGCGCUGCCUAGCAGCUCGAAGUUUGACCCACGUGAAGGCAGGCUGCAUCCUGUGUGGAUACCUCAAACUGCUUCCCAUGUUCCUCAUGGUGUUCCCCGGAAUGAUCAGCCGCGUUCUGUUCCCCGAUGAGGUGGGCUGUGUGGUCCCGGAGCUGUGUCAACAGGUGUGCGGAACGGACGUCGGCUGCUCCAACAUUGCCUACCCCAAACUGGUGGUGUCCAUAAUGCCCAACGGUCUGAGGGGUCUGAUGUUGGCGGUCAUGCUGGCGGCCCUGAUGAGCUCCCUGGCCUCCAUCUUCAACAGCAGCAGCACUCUGUUCACCAUGGACAUCUGGACCCGCCUCAGGCCUCAGGCCAGAGAGAGCGAGCUCAUGGUCGUGGGCAGAGUGUGGGUCCUCGUCAUUGUAGCCGUCAGUAUCUGUUGGAUUCCUGUGGUACAGGCGUCCCAGAGCGGUCAGCUGUUUGACUACAUCCAAUCGGUGACAUGCUACCUGGCCCCGCCCAUCGCCGCAGUCUUCUUCCUGGCUGUGUUUGUGAAGAGGGUCAAUGAGCCGGUGAGGUCAGAGGGGGCGUUUUGGGGACUGAUGGGGGGCCUGGCUAUGGGGCUUUGCCGUAUGGUGCCAGAGUUUUGGUUUGGCUCCGGCAGCUGCCUGUUCCCCACCGACUGCCCCACGCUGGUAUGUGGGGUCCACUACCUAUACUUUGCCAUAGUCCUGUUUGCCUGCACCUCCGUCCUGACACUGCUUGUCAGCUACUGCACGCCGGCCAUUGAAGACAAGCAUCUCCACAGACUUGUGUUCAGCCUGCGUCAUUCCAAGGAAGAGAGGGAUGACCUUGAUUGGAAGCAGGAAGUGAAGGGGAGAAUAGCACGCAGGAAGGCAGAGGAGAAGAGUCAAGACAAGUCUGUAGACAGCCAAGCAGACGCCGAAGAACCCAAACCUGGCAUCUAUCGUCUCCUUGGCUGGUUCUGCGGAGUCAGCAGAACCCCGGUGCCGGAGCUCACAGAGGAGGAGUUCACGGAGGCGUCCAAAAAGCUGCCUGACAUCAGCGAGGAGCCUUUCUGGAAGCAUGUUGUUGAUGCUAACGCUCUGGUUAUGAUGGGGGUGGCAGUGUUUCUAUGGGGCUACUAUGCAUAACGGGGGAUUGGUUAUAAUAAAAUAUAUCUGCAAGCGGAAACGGCUGGGUCCUUUCCUUC